AUGAUACAAGCAGCAAAGAUCCUCGGACAGAGGAGUCACCUAGUACCUGGCAAGUUGAGAAUAACGGAGCACUUCUUCGAAGUACCCCGUGAUUAUUCCAAUCCUUCUGCAGGAACAAUCCAACUCUUCGCUCGCUCCGCUCUGAAAGCCGAGAAGCCCGCAGACUACACUUCCAAGUCGCAUCUUGAAUCCACCAAGACCCAACUCCCAUGGCUCGUAUAUCUACAAGGCGGCCCAGGCUUCGAGUGCCGCAGCCCCGAAAAGGUAUCCUGGACUCAGACGAUUCUCGAUAAAGGUUACCAAGUGCUCAUGUUAGACCAACGUGGAACUGGUCUUUCAACAGCAAUAAGCCAGUCGAGCCUACAGUUGAGGGGUGACGAGAAGGUGCAGGCAGAUUAUAUGAAGAGCUUUAGAGCUGAUAGUAUUGUCAAAGACUGCGAGGCUGUAAGAAAAGCAUUGACGGAGGACUAUCCCGAAGAAAAGAAGAAAUGGAGCAUCAUGGGACAGAGUUUUGGAGGAUUCUGUUGCUUAAGUUACUUGUCCUUCUAUCCUGAAGGAGUCAAAGAAGCGUUUCUCUUCGGCGGCUUGCCACCACUAAGAGAUGGUCCAGAUGAAGUUUAUGAGCGCCUUUACGCACGUGUCAAGAGCAGGAACGAAGGAUACUACGCAAAAUACCCUGAAGACAUCGAUCGCGUCAAACGCAUCGUCAAACUCCUCUCUCGCUUCGGCGAUACCACCGUACGCGUCCAAGGCGGCGAAGGCUACCUUUCUGCACGUCGCUUCCUGCAACUUGGAAUCUACUUCGGUAAACAUGGAGGCUUCGAUGACGUCCACGAAUUUGUUCUCCGUGCCGACACUGAUCUGAUUCAGUUCGGACAUCUGACACGACCCACCGUUCUCGCACUAGAGGCAGCACAAAGCUGGGACACGAACGUCAUCUAUGCACUUCUUCAUGAGCCGAUCUACUGUCAAGGCGAGGCCUCGAAUUGGUCUGCAGAGCGUCUCCUUCCUAAACACCCUGAGUUCUCCCUCUCCCGAGUGGACAGCGACGAACCAGUCUAUUUCACGGGCGAGAUGAUCUAUCCUUUCAUGUUCGACGUUUACCCAGAGCUCGCCAAGCUCAAGACUGUUGGCAAGCUUUUGGCGGAAGAGAAAGACUGGCCGCGACUGUACGACAAAGAGCAAUUGAGGAAGAAUGAUGUACCGACGUAUGCUGCGGUGUACAUUGAUGAUAUGUACGUUGACCUUGAUCUAAGUAUGGAGACGGCAAAUACUAUCAAGGGAUGCAAGACCUUCGUCACGAACACAAUGUACCACAACGGGAUCGGAGCCAAGACGGAUGAGGUGCUGAAGCAGAUUUUCUCUCUGAGAGAUGAUGUUAUGGAUUAG